AUGUGUACAGUUGGAAGGUCUAGCCGCCAUGUGCACAAGUUCAGUGUGGAAACUGUUCAGUGGUAUCCCCAUGACACAGGCAUGUUCAUAUCCAGCUCCUUUGACAAGACAAUGAAAGUGUGGGACACAGAGACUUUGAAGCCCGCUGAAGUGUUCCAGUUUGAAGGGAAUGUCUACUGCCACCACAUGUCCCCUAUAGCCAGGAAGCACACGCUCAUUGCAGUUGGUACCAAAGACCCUAAAGUACAGCUGUGUGAUAUUAAGUCGGGGUCGCGCAUCCAUGUCCUACAGGGUCACAGAGGGGAGGUUCUCUCAGUCAAAUGGUCUCCGCGAUACGAGCACAUCUUAGCCACGGCCAGCGCUGACAGCAGGGUGAGAGUGUGGGAUGUGCGACGGGCCUCAGGGAGUCUCUUCACUUUGGACCAGCAUAACGGGGACAAGUCCAAAGCUGCCACAGAAGCAGUGAACACGGCCCACAACGGACGCGUGAAUGGCCUGUGUUUCACAGCCGAUGGCCUGUUCCUGCUCACCACAGGGACAGACGACCGCAUGAGAUUGUGGAACAGCGCUACUGGAGAGAACACUCUGGUGAACUAUGGAAAGGUGGCCAACUCCAGCCGCACUUGCCUAAGGCUAAGUGUGUCACGCGGCUGCAGUCCGGAGUUUGUGUUUGUGCCCUGCGGCAGCUCGGUAGCAGUCUACUCCCUGCACACAGGCGAGCUGGUCACUAUGCUCCGGGGUCACUAUAACAACGUAGACUGCUGCGAGUUUCACCCCGACUAUCAGUCAUUAGUGCUUUGCGGGUGA